AAGAGAGAAAGGCAGAACGACCCGGUCAAGGGGUCAGGUCAAAGAGGACCGGUCUCUUCUUCUCCCCCACUCCGCUCCUCUCCUCUCCUCUCCUCUCUGGCUCGCUCCUGCCGCCGGGCAUGGAUGGAUGAUGAGCUUCUCUCGGAGAGAAAACCAAAUCUCCUCCUCACCCGCACAACACCGUCGGAUCCCCCAUUCCACGAGCUUCCCAUCGACCCCAGUCUCGUCGACAUGCAUUGACCUCAUCUGCUUUCCGCUCCAGGGUCACUGCCACGUAAGGAAGUGAGGGGUAAAGACUAAAUCAUCCGUCGUCUCCAUGAGCGGCGGCGGUUCGGGGCGGAGGUUCCGCCUGCGGAGGGCGGGGGCGCCGGCGAUCCCGUCCGGCGUCUCUCGGACCGGCUCGAGUCGAUGCUGCCGCGGGUGGAGGCGCUCGCCGCCGACCGCGCGCGCGUGGAGGAGACCAACAAGGCCCAGCACCAGCUGUUGGAAACCCUAUAUGCCCGCCUCCUCCAGGCCGAGGCGAGCAGGGAGAGGUGGAAGACUGCCUACACGGAGCUGCCUCCCGGUGCUAACCCCAAGCUCGCCGAUGGAGAUCUUUGUCAAGAUCCAGUCUACAAAUCUUCGCAUAAAAAGAAAGAUUCACUGUUUAAAGACAGUCAUUCUUGAGGUCAAGGGAUCAGAUACAAUCUGGGAUGUCAAGGAUAAGAUUCGAGACAAGGAGGGCAUCCCUGUAGGCCAGCAGAGACUCAUAUUUGGCAGUAAGCUGCUGGUGGGCAGCUGCACCCUGGAGGACUACAGCAUCGUGGAGGAGUCCGCCCUCACCCUUGAUCUUGUGCCCCGAGGGAUGCAUAUCUUUGUCAGGCCACUGACUGACAGGAUCAUGACUAUUGAUGUUGACAGAGAGGAUACCAUAAGCAGUGUGAAGGCAAUGAUUUUCGAAAAAAACGGCAUUCCCCCGCGCAGACAGCGUCUCUGCUUUGCAGGGAAGCAGCUGGAGGAUGGCCGCACCUUGGCUGACUACGACGUGUACAAUGAAUCUACCCUUUUUCUUGUGGUGCGCCUCCACAAGUGUGAGGGAGGUCGGAUGCACAUCAACAUCAUGGUGAAGACACUGAAUGACAAGAUCAUUACUACUGAGGUUGAGGGAGAAGAUAGCAUAUACAGUGUGAAGGUAAAGAUUUUCAAUGAAACUGGCGUUCCCCCAGGCAGACAGUGUCUCAUCUAUGCUGGAACGUAAUGGACGAUGGCCUCACCUUGGCUGACUACGACGUGCCCAAUGGGUCUACCAUUUAUCUUGUGUCACGCCUCAUGCGCAUCUCUGUCAGGACGGUUAGCUGGAUGAAAAUCAUUGAGCAUGCGUUUAUGCAAUCACAGACCAUUGAGGACAUCAAAGCGUGGAUUUACUCUGAGGUGGGCAUUCUCCCGGAGCAGCAGCAGCUCUCUGACCCUGGCGGCGCCCCCCUGGCUGAAGAGAUCCUGUAUUCAUGCACCCUUGUCCUGCAGAUCCGUCCUCCCGGUUGUCAGUGAGAUGGAUGUAAAUUGGCCGUUGACUGAUGGUGAUAUUAGUGAGAGCUCAGAAUGGGUCGAGGUUGAACUUGAAGAGGUUGUUUAGCAUGUGUGGGGUCAUUUUGGUACAAUGCAGGAUGUAAAAUGGGUGAACUGUUGUAGUUUCUGGGCUGGUAACAUGUGUUCUUGUAUGCGAGUACUUGAUAAUUUCAGUGCGACGUGUAAGGUGUCGUUAUAUGAGUCGUUAGUAAGGUGUCGUUAUAUGAGUCGUUAGUAAGGUGUCGCUAGCCUAAGAUGUUAUGUUGAGUUUGGUGUUAGGAAGAGAAUAAUCUAUAUGUUUGUUC